CGCCGCCACCAUCUGGAUCCAGGUCUCUUGAGUCACCAGCGAAUCCCGGUCUCUCUAAAUUCGCAGAAAUGAAAAAUGAGAUGUUCCAGACCCGUCAUUCAUAACUUUAUGCGUUCCAAUUCAACCUCCUCUGCAAUUGCAGAACGGUUCCAACAAAUCUUGGACGAGAAGCUCACAUCGCAAACAGGCAUCCCAUCGGUAGCCAAAUCAGACCCUCAGCUUCAGAAGAUAUCAAAGCCUCAACAUGGUGGUACCCCAUCGCUAGUGCUGUCCAACCCCCAACUACAGAAGAUCUAUAACUCGUCCCACGAUGAAAGGAUUCAAGCAGCCCAGCACUAUAUCAAAAGUGAGCCCUUGUUGGCCAGAAAUAAGCAUGCAAAGGACAUAUCCCUGGCACAGCCUUGGAAAGGUACUGAGUCGAUACAUGAUGCAAAUCUUCGGAUGAUUCUUGACCUGAAGCCUCCUCCCAAACGUGGAGACCGGAUCUUCACUCCCCCCACACCCUUCAAAGAGAAGAUUUUGAACGCCAGAGAGAACAGUCUCGAUUACAAGGUGAAGGCAAAUCAAGAGAAGUCUGAAGCCGAACAGUUCCGAGAAAUGUACAAAGAACGACUUCUAGGACCAUCCAUGCUCCUCAGUAACUCACCGAGCUCGGCUAUUGAUAUCGUGGGCAGUCUCGCAAGUAGCAAAAUCAACGCUUCAUUGGACCAAGCCACAGGACUUUUCAAUGCCCCAGAAAUGAAGCAUGUACGGGGAAAGCCUUUGGACAGAGAACAUCUAAAGAAUUCCAGAGACACCAACUACUUCAUGAAUCAGAUAUUAAACAAACAGGAAGUAUUGCCACCGUGGAUAGAGACCCAACAGAGUAUCGACGGGUCGAUCAAAAGACUCAAAGAUGAUUUGGAAGAUAUAUGGUUCAAAUGGUUGGUCAACCGAUCACACUUGAGCGACCGUAUUCACUCCAGUGGCAAAUCCUCACUACUGGAUAUCUACAGCACGACGAUAAAACAAUUGAAGGCUAACCCCUCCAACCUCACUCAAUCGGACAUUGGGUACAUUGAAGAAAGAGUAAAGUUAUUGAAUAACUCGAUACGAACCUACAACCUACAAUGCCCUUCCUCGAGCAUACACAAAUUCAAGUUGGUAACACAACUAGAAAUAGAGAAAGCAUUUGAUCGUAUGAUCGAAAAGUUCCCUUCUACCAUGGACGACUGGUUUGAGAAAAAGAAUAGAAAGGGCACGGCUAAAAUCGAACGGGGAGGUGGGGGCUUCCUCAAUAUCUGGGGUGAUAAUCUGAGCGGUGGAGGGGCUGGUCAUGGGCGUGUUGCCGUCCAGAGAGCCGAUAAUGAGUUGGGGUUGUGGAAAGCAGUAAAGGAUGCAUUCAGGAUGAAGGUUUAGGCAAUUUGCUUUCUCGCAAACUAGCGUACUGCUGCCCGUUUAAAAAGUGACAAGAACUACAAAGGUUGUGAGUCUUCUAUCAUACUGUUCAUUCUAUUGGUCUAUCAGAUUAGGAACUCUAAUCUGGAGGUCAGUUCAUUCAUGGACUGUAUAAACGUUGGCAAGAAUGGGCCAUGAAAUUUGCAUUCUUAUCAGGAAACAGCAGUCCAUAAUAGUUUCUAUUGUCCAAAACUCAAGCAUACAUGUAUAUAAGUAAUGAAACGAUGACCAUAGAGAUCUCAAGUCUCCAAAAUUUCAAGAACCCAAAAACGACCGAAUUAGCACUGGUAGCCUUCGCUUCUUGUAAAUUCUUUAUAAAUGCCAAACUCAUUUCUUCUCUCGAGA